CAGAUUUUCCUCUCCUUGACAAUGGGUGGAGCAGAGUGCCUCCUCCUGGCAGUCAUGGCUUAUGACAGCCUCUUAUGCUCGCAUCCUUGCUGCAGUCCUAAGGAUGAAUUCAACCAGACAGCAGAAAGCCCUGGCCACCUGCUCCUCUCAUCUGACUGUGGUGGGCAUGUUCUAUGGGACAGCCAUCUUCAUGUACAUGAGACCCAGCUCCUACCACUCCCCAGAAAAAGACAAGAUUUUGUCUCUGUUUUACACCAUUGUUCCCCCAGUGCUGAAUCCUCUCAUCUACAGCCUGAGAAACAGGGAUGUCUUAGGAGCCCUAAGAAAGCUGGUUGGGAAAUGCAGAGUCUUCCAGCAAAAUUGACAAAUGCUGUAGCUUACUGUGAGCUAAAUCUCAUUCAACUGAGAC